AGGGGGCGGUGACGCCGGGCGCUCAAGCAUGGCGGCGGCGGCGGCGCUGGGCAGCUCCUCGGCCUCCGCGUCCCCGGCCGUGGCCGAGCUCUGCCAGAACACCCCGGAGACCUUUCUGGAGGCCUCCAAGCUGUUGCUCACCUACGCGGACAACAUCCUCAGAAACCCUAAUGAUGAAAAAUAUAGAUCUAUCCGGAUUGGAAACACAACUUUUUCUACUAGACUCUUGCCCGUCAGAGGAGCCGUUGAAUGUUUAUUUGAAAUGGGCUUUGAGGAGGGAGAAACACAUCUUAUCUUUCCUAAAAAAGCUUCAGUGGAGCAGCUGCAAAAAAUUCGUGACCUCAUUGCCACAGAGAGAAGUAGCAGAUUGGAUGAAGCAUAUAAGAGCCACAAACUAGAAUUAUCUCAGCAACCUGCAACCAGUAUCCAGCUUCCUACAGCACAGUCUUCAGAUCCUAAUGGGUUAACCCAGCAUGUAGGGGGCAGUGAAGGGCAGUCAUCAAAUCCACCAUUUGCUCCAAUGGUUACUGCUGAUUCAAUCAUUCUGAAAGUUCUUCAGGCCAACCUGCAGCAUGUGCUGGUCUAUGAAAAUCUUGCUCUCCAGCAGAAAGCAUUGGCUUGUAUUCCCGUCCAAGAACUGAAAAAGAGAUCUCAAGAAAAGUUAUCUAGAGCUAGAAAAUUGGAUAAAGGUACUAAUUUAAGUGAUGAAGAUUUUCUUUUGCUGGAGCUUCUACACUGGUUUAAGGAAGAAUUUUUUCAAUGGGUGAAUGACAUUUUGUGCAGCAAAUGUGGUGGCAAGACGAAGUCUAGAGGUGAAGGAUUAUUUCCCACUGAAGACGAGUUGAAGUGGGGUGCAAACAGAGUGGAAGAUCAUUAUUGUGAUGCGUGCAAGUUCAGCAAUCGGUUCCCGAGGUAUAAUAACCCUGAGAAACUUUUGGAAACGAAAUGUGGACGGUGUGGCGAGUGGGCCAAUUGUUUUACACUGUGCUGCCGAGCCUUAGGGUUUGAAGCUCGCUACGUUUGGGAUUACACAGACCAUGUCUGGACAGAAGUCUAUUCUCCCUCUCAGCAGCGGUGGCUGCACUGUGAUGCCUGUGAAGAUGCCUGUGACAAACCGCUCCUCUAUGAAGUAGGGUGGGGCAAGAAGCUGUCCUAUGUCCUAGCAUUUUCUAAAGAUGAGGUGGUUGAUGUCACUUGGCGAUAUUCUUGUAAACAUGAAGAGGUAAUCUCAAGAAGAACUCAGAUUAAAGAAGAAUUACUUCGAGAAACUAUUAAUGGACUUAAUAAGCAGAGGCAAAUGUCUUUGUCAGAAAACAGAAGAAAAGAACUUCUCCAGAGGAUAAUUGUGGAGCUUGUUGAAUUUAUUUCUCCCAAGACCCCUAAACCUGGAGAACUUGGUGGAAGAAUAUCUGGGUCAGUGGCUUGGAGAGUAGCCCGAGGUGAAAUGGGUCUAGAGAAAAAGGAAGCCAUGUUCAUCCCCUCUGAAAAUGAGAAGAUUUCUAAACAGCUUCACCUUUGUUAUAAUAUUGUGAAAGAUCAUUAUGUUCGAGUUUCAAAUAAUAAUCAAACCACUUCUGGAUGGGAAAAUGGUGUAUGGAAAAUGGAAUCCAUAUUCAGAAAAGUUGAAACAGACUGGAACAUGGUGUAUUUAGCUCGAAAGGAAGGAUCAUCUCAUGCUCAUAUUUCCUGGAAGUUUGAGUGUGGGUCAGUUGGCCUAAAACUAGAUAGCAUUACCAUUAGAACAAGUAGUCAAACCUUUCAGACUGGAACAAUACAGUGGAAACUGCGAUCUGAUACAGCACAAGUAGAACUGUCCGGCGAUAAAAUUCUUCGCUCCUAUCAUGAUUUUUCUGGUGCCACAGAAGUUAUUUUGGAAGCAGAAUUAAGCAGAGGAGAUGGUGUUGUUGCUUGGCAACAUACUCAACUAUUUAGACAAAGCUUAAAGGACCAAGAAGAAAAUUGUUUGGAGAUAAUUAUAAAAUUCAGUGACCUUUGAGAACCUGAAUAUUAUAGAAAAGCUGGCAAUAAUCAAGGACUUACCAUGUUUUAGAUUAGUCUGCUGGUUCAGUGCAUGCUUAGUGGGCAAUUUACUCUGCUAGCAUAUUUCUUUGCUGGUUAUCCAUCAUGUAACCCUCAUGGAAAUAUAUCUUUGUACUAUGGAUCAUAAUUAAACCUUGAAUUAAAAGCUC